AUGCAACAUGUCUUCUCCAAAAAGCAUGCCGAGAUCCGUCACUCAAAAGCCAUUAAACGCAGAAUUCACGCUUGCUUGGACCCAGCGAUCAAGGCUCUGGACUUGAAGUAUACGCGGCCAGACGUCGUCAGUACGUGCCAGAAACUCCUUAAGGAGAGGAUCUUUGGAAUCAAAUGGAAGGCCGAGCAGCGAUUUCCUCAAUUAUUCCAACAACCCCCGCCUUCAUCACAAGUAGCUACACCAGCGAAUGCGCCGGAGACGUUGGAGGCUACGAGGCAGGGGGAAUAUUUGAAGGAGAAGAUCGUGGCACUCAUAGCUGAAAUAAAGGCGGAAAGGAAUUUUCGGCCGCAAGCUGAUAUUGCUACAGCGGAGGUGGGCGACGCGGCAAGCACCACGACCAGCAGCGACACCGCCAUCGCCGAGUCAACGACAACAACAACAACAACAGCGAUAGAGCGACAACCGCCUAUAGAGACCGCAACUUUCCCCGGGCUGCGCACCGCCUUCCUAUCCUACGAAGCCCAGCACGCCCUCUUCACAAGGACCCAAAGCCUUCUAGAGAAGGCCUGCUUCGACUACGCGAGGCAGGCGCACCCCAAUAUCCUGGAAGCAGGACAGUGGGAGUCGCCCGAGUGCGUCGAACUUCAGAAGUGGAUGUGGAUCUUCAAGAACGAGGUGUUUGAUACAUUCCGGACCGAGACAGUGCCCCUCCCGCACACCGAGUGGCACGCCUUCUUCGAAUCGAUCAGGCAGAUUCGGCAUAAAGCCGUCCAUCGCGAGGUUCUCUGCAUCGCGGACGUGAAGGCGUACCUCGCUGACGCAGAGAGCCUCGCGAAGCUGCUGCGGCAGGACGAGUGCCUGGCUAAGCUGGGCCUGCUGAGGGAGGAGAUGGAGAUGGUGCUGGCGAUCUCGGAGCGGAAGAAGGACGGGCUGACGGUCAAGUAUCAGGCCAAGUUUGAUGAGAUUGAGGUGCGGAGGAAGGAGCUGGAUGAGCUUGAGAGGCGGACGAGGGAGGAGAUGGUGCGGGAGCAUCGGAUGAUGCAGAGUGACCUCGGCUUUGGCUUCAAGCUUGCGGUCUCGGAGAUGAAUGAGACGGUAGUUCCAGGGAAGGGAGGUGAAGUGGUAGGGGAUAAAGAAGAAGGCGGGGGCUCCUGGAGACUUAUCGACGGCUUCUGGAAACUGGUUUCUGGCUGGUCCUCGUCCUCUGAAGUCUCUUCAGUAUCAGACCUUGUCAAAACUGCGCGAGCUCGGAGUGACAGCAUCGAUCUAGGACUCGAUCUUGUCCCCGAAGCAAUCGGUGACGCCCAGCGUCAUGAUCGUGUCACCGGAGCACCUGACCGGAUCCGAAUGGACGUCGUCUUUCUGCGAGCCCUGCCACACUGGACGAUGCUGUUUUACUGGACAUCCCAGUAA